GGCCCUUCUACUGUCACGCAGGUCCCGCGGCGCAGGUGGGAGCAAGAGGCCGCUCUCGCAGUGCGUUGUCCUCGCGGCGGGAGGGAAGCAAGUGAGCUCUUAAAAGUGUAGGGCUCCUGCGACCCCUCUUACCAGCGCCAUGGCAGUCCCAGGUUGCAACAAGGACAGUGUUCGAGCAGGCUGUAAAAAAUGUGGCUACCCUGGUCACCUGACUUUUGAAUGCCGUAAUUUCCUCCGUGUGGAUCCCAAAAGGGACAUAGUUUUGGAUGUCAGCAGCACAAGCAGCGAAGAAAGUGAUGAAGAGAAUGAAGAGCUGAAUAAAUUGCAGGCAUUACAAGAAAAAAGAAUAAAUGAAGAAGAAGAAAAGAAAAAAGCAAAAAGCAAAGAAAAGAUCAAGUUGAAAAAAAAAAGAAAAAGGUCUUAUUCAUCCAGUUCCACUGAAGAAGACACUUCAAAACAAAAGAAACAAAAAUAUCAGAAGAAAGAAAAGAAAAAAGAAAAAAAAAGAUCAAAAAAGGGAAAACAUCACAAAAAAGAUAAAAAGAAGAGAAAAAAGGAAAAGCAUUCUUCUACCCCUGACAAUUCUGAGAUCUCCAAAAAGUAACUGGGACUUUGGCCUAUGCCAUUAAAUUUGAAAUUUUGGUUUUGAAAAUUAUUUGACCUUCCUUGGAAUUUACUAUAUAAUUAUGCUUUGCAAUAAAUCACAACCUUUUCCAUUUAGACAUUUUUUCCAAAUAUGGGACCAUUAUCCUCUGGAAAUAUAUUUUUAAUGUGCUAUGAUUGUAAGUGUUGAAUAAGUCUUAUAACUUAUCAUCCCUGCCCCAGGUAUGGAUAAGUGUAUAUACAAAGCACAUUAUUUUCUGAAUUCAUAUCUAUGUGUGUCUGGCUAGUGUUUCUACUUUGUAAGUUGAUUGUAAAUAACAAGACUACAGUCAACAUAGGUAAUCUUCCUAAUAGUUAAUGAGCACUGCUAAAUCAAGUAUCUGCCAUCCAGUGAUAAAGCCAGGAAGGGAAUAAUACUUUGCUUUUGACACUGAAAAUGUAAUAGCUUUCUAGCCUAUGAUAAUAUAUAAAAAUAGUGAAAUUCCUCACUAUUGCUUUUAACUCCCUAAGCUUUUUUGGAUAUCAUAGGAGUUUAAGCUGCUUUAUUGGUCUUGAUUAGGGGUUUUAAGUUGACAGUGUUGGCAGGAAGAUGCACAUGAAAAUAUAGCAAAGUUUCACUGUUUUACAAAGUGCAGUUUCUAGUACCUGCCUCAUUUGUUUUUGUAAUGGAAAUAUUUCUUCCUUGUUUAAAAAGAUAAGUGUGACUUAGCCUAUUAGUAAGUCUGUUUAGGCAGGAUUUUUACAAUAGGCUCCUGGGUUGUUUUUCAAAUGUGCCAUAUUGGCAUGUCUUACUUAAAGUGAUACCUCAAACAGAACUUUUUAUUUAAAAGGAUGAAAGAUAAAUCUUCACUAGAAUUGAUUUUUAUUGUUAUUCAGUAUGUAAAUUUUAUGAAACUUGUUUCUAUGAGUAAUGUGGAAAUUUUUUACAAAUGUGAACAUAUGUAUUUAUUUGCCUGAAAUAAUUUGUAGUUUUGAAGCAGGUUUCACACCAAAUUUGUGGUUUCAUAAGUCACCAGUUUAGGGUGUUUCUUUUUUUCACUUAAGUCAUAAACCUCAGGAGCAGUGACAAAAAUUUAGGAUUAAGAAUUUUAUUCUGUACUUUUAACAAUUUCAGAGCCAGGGAAUUGCAUCAUGAAAGCCUUUGUAUAUUAAUGGAAAUUUUAUAUAAGUAAGCAUUUUCAGGCACAUGUUAGUAUUGGAUAUAAGUGUUUCUAACAUUUUUAAUUUCACAAUGAUCAUUGUUUUUUAAUAUGCAUAAUAUUCCCAAUGAGUUAAAUACUUACUACUGUAGCAUCAUUAAAAAUCAACUAAUAAUCAUGACACAGCACCAAAGAUUGCAAGUACCUCACUGUGGUGCAGUUAUAAAUUUUCAGAAUGAUAACCUACAUAGCCACAGGUAUGCUGAUUAUGUGAAAUCAGGUAAGUACACAUAACUUCACAACCUAGAAGAAUGUACUGAAUCUUCCUUCACCCAGCACCAUUACUUGGUGUGCCCUCAUUGAACAGGGACUCCUCAUACCUCCUUGUAACAUUUGCUUACCAUGUUCAGAUUAUAGGGAGUCGACCCACUUCCUCAUCUAGCAUUAAUACCGUGGAAACUCUUAUACUUCUAUCUUUUCUCUAGCCUAUUUUAGUUAUAUGGCCUUCUCAAAAAUAAAUUAUCUUGUUUAAAUAGUUAGUUGUUUGGAAACAGAACUACUAGGUUAAGGGUUUGUUUUCCCUUUGCUAUAUUUUGUAUUUUUUUUAUGGAAAAUACAGUUUUUUGGCUAUCAAGAUAGAAGAUAAGUUUUUUAAAAUUCAAAUACUUGGACAAUACUACAUGCAAAAGGAUAGCUUCAUCCUAUUAAAUGUAUAACAUGGUUUAAAAUGAUAAUUGUAAUGAAACAGAAUUAAUCCAUUUUUUUAUUCUGUUAAUUGUAGAGAUUAUAAAUUGGUAUAUUAAGUUUAUUUUAGGAAUAGUGAUACAAUAAAUAAUGCUUUGAAAGAAUUAUAUAAAAUCCAGCCAUCAUUAUCUAUUAUACUGUGCAAAUUAAAUGAUGUUAAUGGUCAGUAGUUUUUUUUUUUCUCCCCAGAAACAAUCUUGAACAUUAUUCUUAAGAAAUAGUAUGAGAAUAGCUAUGAAAUAGCUCAUCUAAAUAAAGCUCAUUUGUUUUUACUAAAAUAAUUUUCUUCUAAAGUGAUCUUGAUAUUAUAAUUGGGAUUAAUGCACAACUCACUAAUCUAUUUUAGGAGAAAAUUAAUGAAAUUUCCUCUCAGAGAGUUGUAACAGAACGGAUACUGUAUUAAAUAGAAAAAUUCCAAAGUCCAACCCAUUUUUUUAAAACAAAUAUUGGAGUUAACGUUUUGCUUUUUGAUGUGUACAUAUAUGUUCCAAACCACCCACACCUCUUUGCCUCCCUCCCUCAUCCAUCCCACUCUUGCCUCUCUUCCUUCUACUAACCAUUAAUUUUUUUCACUAAGUUCAAGAUUUCUUCCUGCUGUACUUUUUCUGUCUGGUUUUUUUUGUUGUUGCUUAUUUACAUUCCAUGAAUGAGUUAACCACCCAGUAUCAAUCUACUUAGUAUAAACACCUCAAGGUUUUCCCGUUUUGUCCCCAAAGUCACUGUCAUCCUUUCUUCAUAUAUAGUAUUCCACUGAAUAUGUAUUCCACCAUUUCUUUAUUCAUUCAUUUGUUGAAGGGCACAUAGGUUGGUUCCAGGACAUAACAUGGCAAUUGUGAAAAAAUCUUCACCUUUCUAGCUUCCUCUGUGACCUUCAACAAAGUCAUUUAUCUCUUCUGGGCCUUGGUGUCUUUCAUUUAUAAACUACUAUAUCAACUUAUCCCUGAGAUUCCCUCCUAGUCCUUAAUAUGUAUUGUUAUCAAUAUUUAAGAAAAAUGCAAGUAAUAUUUACAUUAUAAACUAUUACAGGUAAGUAGAUAACAUUCUGUGUUGAUAAAGACUGAAUUCAUUAAAUGUAACUUAAUCUUAUUUAUACAAAUAAUUGAUAAUUUGGUUACAUCCUUACCACUGAAAAUAUAUCAUUUUCAUGAGAUGAAAUUUAGAUUUAUAUCUGUAACCAGAUUAUUUGAGUAACUUGAGGUUAUUACAUUUGGGCUGAUGGACCUACUCGCCAUGUAGUUUAUUUAUAUCAUCUGUUUACUAGAAUCUUUCAGUAAAAUAUAGCUAUUUGUAUCUUUAGUUUUCCAAAGUACAAAAUAUCAAUAAAUAAGUAAAAUAACAAUAAG